UUGUUGGUUUUUCUGCUGCUUCUGCUGCAGAUUAAUCAUUUGCUUUCUCUAUGAUGUGUAAUUUGGGGAUAGGAAGCAAGUCAAGGCUGACCACAUGAUCUUCCGAAGCUAGGCUUAUGGGGUCUUCUUUUCGUUCUUUUGUUUAAUUCCUCCGCACCCUCCCCAUUGGAUUCUCUGCCCAUCAGUGCAUUUCUGUUUGCACACCAUCACCCGCACCAUGAACUCGCAGGCACUUUCAAGAUACUGUUGGCUGCUUUUCUAUUCCUUUGCAACUGCGGCAAAAGAGAACCGGGAAACACCCUCUUUCCAGUCAGGGAUCGUAUAUCAGUACCGGUACUCCCUGGAUGGCCACCUACAUUAUCUGUCAAGGUUGCCUUUGCAAGGGAGCAAGCUCCAGGUGGAAGCGUUGGUUGAUGUGCAACUCUUGUGGAGAAAUGCCAACGACGCAGGCGAGCAGCUUCUCCAAGUCCAAAUUCAUGAUCUACAAGUCAGUCAUGAUCUGGAACAAAGGCAGAAUGAGACAGUGAAAAGUGACCGAGCUGUGAAAACUUCACUGAAUGCAACAGAACUGCAGCAGCCGGUCUUCCUCCAUUGGAGUAAUGGGAAGGUUAAAGGCAUCUAUGAAGACAAAGCCGGAAGUCCCUUAACUCUAGAGUUGAAGCGAGGCCUUGUCAGCCUCUUCCAGUUUCAGACCCACAUUGGGACAGUGACUGAGGAGGACAUUUCUGGAAGCUGCCAGGUUACCUAUGUGGUUUCUGAGAAUUCUGUUCUGAAGACAAAAGAUUUACACAGCUGCAUAAGACCAAAAUUUGGAUUCAGCUCUAUUAAUGAAAUUUUUGGAGUCCUGUGGCAACCCACAAGUAAAACCCAUUAUUCUAUGGAAGGAAGUCUCAUCAAGUCUGCAUUAUCUGAGGAAAGUCACAUCCUCUCUCUAACCUUGAAGUCUUCUAUUGGAGUCAAUAUCACCUCUAGGCAACAUCUUGAACUUGUGAGUCAAAUGCCUGGAUCCAAAGAAUUACCUCAGAAGAGUCUUCAGGAAGUUCUGGCUGCUGCGCUGGGCAAACCUCAGCCCAUUAAUAUAGCGAGUGAGCCGUCCAAGAGGAUCUGCACCGAGUGCCAAAAACUCAAAACCUACUUAAAAACACUUUCUGAACAAGUGAAGAUGGACCUUUCUGAGGCAUCAACUACUUGGCAUUUUUGCACAGUUGUUCAGAUGCUGCGUGAUGCCAAGAAAAGGGAUAUUCUUACAUUGUUGAAGAAAGCACCAGAGGAUACAGUCCCCUUCUAUGUCGAAGCUGCGGUAGCUGCCCAGUCAACAGCUUCCUUGGCGGCACUGUCCGAAUUUCUGAAUGUGAGGAACAAAAAGCAAGCACCCUUGCUGGAGAAGUUUCUCUAUGCUGCAGCUUUCUCCCCUCGGCCUUCCAAGGAGCUUUUGCGCAUGGUAUUGGACAAGCUGAGUGGGAAGAAACUAGAGACCGCCAUUUGGGAAACAGGCAAUAUUGUUAUCGGCAGCGUGAUUGGCAAGUUGUGUCGGAUGCAGUUGUGUGGGCUGCAGGAAGUAAGGCUCCAGAUGGAGACGGUCCUGCAGAAGCUCAAAAGCACCAGGAAAGACUCCGAGAAGGUGAUUUACCUGUUGUCCCUGAAAAACGCUCUGCUCCCAGAAUCCAUCCCCACCUUCCUGCAUUACGCUGAGGAGGGCUCUGCCUCCGUCUCAGCUACGGCGGUGACUGCGCUGCAGCAGUACUCCACACAGCACAUCUCAAGCACGGUUAAAAUGGCAAUGAAACGCAUUUUCCAUCAAGUUCGGCAACGUUAUCAAAAAAUUUCCAGGGUCGCUGCAGCAGAAAUCCUGUUGGACAAUGAUCCCUCACCAAUGGACUUCAUCAAUGUUUUGUUGACCACCAGAGAACUUGAACCAGAAAUGGCACAAUUUCUACUGUCAAAAAUUCAAGGCAUUCUACACUCCCGGGAACAUCCAACCAGGCAGGUGAUCAAAGAUGUCCUGAAAGAUCCACAGAUAAAUAAUUACUACUUCCUGUCACCCAAAGUUGGCAGCUCCAUCUCUUGCUCGGGACCACUGGCAGUCACCAAUGACACAUUGUCAACCUUUAGUCUGGACCUGUUGUUCUCAGACUUCGGUAUCCUGAGGAAGAGCAUCACCAGUUUCAAUAUCCGAAGUCAUCGUGGCCACCAACUCCAAGCAGCUCAGGUGGCCAUUGAAGCAAAAGGUCUUGGAAGUGUUUUGGGAGGUGAUGCAGCCGAUGAACAGGAGGACUUCAUGGCUGGCAUGUCUGCAGUUUUGCUUGAUGUCCAGCUGCGGCCGGUUGCUUUCUUUGAAGGAUAUACAGACCUAAUGUCAAAGGUCCUUACAAGCUCGGGAGAGCCCACAAAUGUGGUCAAAGGGAAUGUGCUAUUGAUGGAUCAUCAACAGGCCAUCCCACUUCAGUCUGGUUUGCAAGCUGUGAUUACUCUUCAAGGAGGACUUGGCUUAGAUGUUUCAGCCGACAUCAACGUGAAUUUGUGGGAGCAGGAAUUCAUAACAGGCAUUGAAACAAGGGGUGCCAUGACCAUUGAUUUCCAAGCAGAACUGGAUGCCCCAUUCUAUCAAGCCACACUCCAAAGCCAAACCGAGGUGGAGUUGGCCACCAAUUUUUAUACCACUGCAAGACUUUCUAUCAGUCCCGUGCACAUGUGUCUGCGGCUUACAGAGGACCAGGUCUCUUACAGAGAAAACUUCUUGGUCUCAGAAUCUUCUGCAAACCAAAACAGCACUGUCCGCAAAGGGAGGGGCACCACCAUCCCUGGACGUGAAUUUGCCUUAUACCCAGCCAACUCUGAAAUGUGCAAAAUACUGCUUGCAGAGACAUGAGAACAAUAAAAGUAGCAUCACUCUGUCCUCAGCUUGGAUUUGCUGCUCCUCCUUUUUCCACCAAUGCCUGACCUGACCUACAUCAAAAUUC